GCCAGCUCUGAGGAGAGAGCUCUGAGGGGAGCCCCUUCACGGUCUUGCUGGCUUUCGUGCACUUGGCCUGGCAGAAGGCAGAAGGAGAUGAUGGCAGGAAUGAAAAUCCAGCUGCUCUGUGUGACACUCCUGGCUUUUGGCUCCUGGGGUCUGUGCUCAGAUUCUGAAGAGGAAAUGAAAGCAUUAGAGGCAGAUUUAUUGACAAAUAUGCAUACAUCAAAGGUCAGUAAAGCAAGUGCCCCCUCUUGGAAAAUGACCCUGCUGAAUGUCUGCAGUCUUAUAAACACCCUGAGCGGCCAGCCUGAGGAAGGAGGAGAGAUCCAUGAAGAUGAGCUGGUCACCAGAAGGAAACUCCCUGUCGUGUUGGAUGGCUUCAGCUUGGAAGCAGUGCUGACAAUAUACCAGCUUCAAAAAAUCUGUCACAGCAGGGCCUUUCAACACUGGGAGAUAAUUCAGGAAGAUAUUCUUGAGAAUGGAAAUGAUAAAAAUGAGAAGGAAGAAGUCAUAAAGAGAAAAAUUCCCUACAUUCUGAAAAGGCAACUGUAUGAGAAUAAAUCCAGAAGACCUUAUAUACUCAAGAGAAGUUCUUACUACUACUAAGAAGAUAAAUACUUUAUUUUCAUGUGGUUGUGAUCUAUCAUUCUUUACAUAUCUAAUUAUAUUUGUGUGAAAAUGUGACAACAUGUUUAUUUUGUCCCUUCUACAAGUGUGGCUUAUUGGUUGUAUUUUAAUUCUGGAUUAAUAAAAACUGGGCAAAUGUUUUCAAAUAAAUCUAGAUCUUGAGCAUGAUGUGUUAUAUAUAAUUGGAAUAGAUAUUAAUCAUGCUUCAUAUAACAUUUUGUGAUUUUUCAAAACAAGUUAUAAGUUAUUUAAACAUUCAAAAUGUAUGACAUUUUAUAUGGAAUUAUAAGACAGUAUAACAACAUAUAACAGCAAAGUUUAACCUACAUAUCAUUAGCCAAAAUCAAAGUAACGACAACUCUUGUUAUUUGAUUGUUUUAUUGUAUUGAGAGAAAUACUUUUUUCCAACACUUAAUUAUAUAUCUCUGAGCUCUAAGGAAAAGUACUGUGGUGAAAUAGGACUACAGGAAGAAAUGAUUAAUGAACUAUUGUUAAUUAUGCUAUUUUGGUGAAUGAGCUU